AACAAGACAAUUUUGUCAGUAGGCACCGUGAAAGUGUCUAGGACGGCGUUUCGAAAUCCUAAAAUUGAUAAAGUGGAAAAGUGAUUAUUGUGCUGUUACCUAGUGUUAGAUUCCCCUCAUUUCGACCAUCCCCAGUCUGUCUAGCUUAAGAAAGUAAAAAUGCCUUUCCUAGAGCAUCUGAGUGACAACUUCACGGCUGUGCUUCGACCCGAGGCGCGGUUAUCGGCCGAAACCCGCUACCUCGGAUGGAACGUGGCUCCCGAAGAUCUGCCGCACAUUCCUGAGCACUGGCUCAAGUAUCCGGAACCAGAAGCCUCGCUGCACUUUCUGCUCGGUUUGCUGUACAUCGCCUUUACGGUAUUUGCCCUGGUCGGAAAUGGGCUAGUCAUAUGGGUGUUUUCUUCUGCCAAAUCGCUGCGAACCCCGUCCAACGUGUUCGUCGUUAAUCUAGCGGUUUGCGAUUUCCUGAUGAUGGUUAAAACGCCUAUCUUCAUCUACAAUUCCUUCACCAAAGGCUUCUCAACAGGUUUCCUCGGGUGUCAAAUUUUCGCCUUCAUCGGGUCAUUGUCUGGUAUUGGUGCUAGCGCAACCAACGCAUGCAUUGCGUACGACAGAUACAAUACCAUCGCCCGACCUUUCGAAGGAAAACUUACCCAUACAAAAGCCAUCUUCAUUACCUGCAUGGUGUGGGCCUACACUUUCCCUUGGGCCAUCUUACCAUUGAUGGAAAUCUGGGGACGCUUCGUACCUGAGGGUUACCUGACUUCAUGCACCUUCGACUAUCUGACCAACACAUUCGACAAUCGUAUGUUUGUUGGUACCAUAUUCACAUUCAGCUACGUACUUCCGAUGAGCCUGAUUAUCUAUUACUACAGUCAAAUCGUAAGUCAUGUUGUAAAUCACGAGAAGGCCCUACGCGAACAGGCCAAGAAAAUGAAUGUAGAUUCAUUGCGAUCGAACCAAAACCAAGCCAACACUUCCGUUGAGGUGCGGAUUGCCAAGGCCGCCAUAACGGUCUGUUUUCUGUUCGUGGCAUCCUGGACGCCAUAUGCUGUGCUGGCCUUGAUUGGAGCGUUUGGAGAUAAGACCUUGCUGACGCCGGGUGUUACUAUGUUCCCAGCUUGUGCAUGUAAAUUCGUCGCCUGUCUAGAUCCGUACGUGUACGCCAUCAGCCAUCCGAGGUACCGAGUAGAACUACAGAAAAGGCUGCCUUGGUUAGCGAUCACAGAAUCGCUGCCAUCCGAUUCGGCUUCUACAGCUACUGACGCAACCACAGCCAACACGUCGGCACCAGUAUCUUCUUAAUGUAUCGUUGAUUAGGUUUAAGUCAUUAUUUAAUUUAGCGUAAAACAAACAUUGUUUUAGUGAUGAGAUGAAUAACAUUUGAUGAUGACCAAUGCUUCGUUUAACUGGACAUGAUAAGGAACUGGUUUAAAUGAAUUUUAUUUUCAUGCAAGAAAAAAAAUACAAAAAAAAAAUACGAACGAUAAAUAAAUAUUCAAUGCAAAUUCGAA